AAUAAUAAUUUAACUGUGAAAUACCAUUAAACUCUCCGUCACAAUUUUAUCAUGGAAACUUUCCAGUAAUGAAAUCUUAGUGCCUUUUUCUUCUUCAUGUAGUAAUUUUCGUUUUGUUGUGGUUCAGCUGGUUGUCAAGGCUUUCUCGGUUUUGUUUGCCCUAUGAUAUAACUCAUACAGUUAUGCGUGUAAACAUAUAUGCAUACAUAUCUACAUUUAUUUGUAAGACUUAGACUUUUGUCAGUAAAAACCUUGAAGUGGAAGGAAUGAACGACGUUUACUUUUCCGUUCGUCCAAGGACUAACUCCUGAAUGAAAAAACGAAAUAGGAAGAGUCUUCCAAUGAUGACUGUGUUUGCUUAGCAUAAAGGAUGUGAAAUACAAUGGAUUUAACGGAAUAUUUCAAUUGAUUUGUGUAAUUGCCAAAAGCAUGAGAAAGCCUUGGAGCCCAAUUGAUCACUAUAAUUCAGUGUAAUUACAGGCAAUACAGUUAUCGAAGUGUGAUUUUUUUUUAUUAUAAAAGGUGGAAUUGGCAGCGGAGGAGAAUUAACAAAGCUGACACAAGAGCACACAAAUAGUAAUAAGAAAAUGGCGAAGACUAAAAAUAAUAACCUGCUAAUGCAUGGACUCAUUUUGGUAACUAUUUUGGCGACUGCCAAAAGUGCCGAGGCGGAAAUUACAAUGGAGGCAGCUUUUCAAGGUCACUGUGGUCACACGAGUCCAUGCGAACAGUUAUGCUACGAAAUCCACGAUGGAAUGUACGAGUGCGAUUGCAUUGAGGGGUACGAGCUGAACAAAAACGGUUACAGCUGUCAAGUAAUAAACUCCACGAACAGUGCGGAUGGUCAUUCGAAAUCCGAUGAGGACGUACUUUAUCAAAAGGGUGCUUCGUUUAGCGCCAAGCUUGGUUAUGCGCCCUCAACAUCAUCAAUGACUGGUGAUACAGCGAAUCUGGAGGCUUCAGCGCCCCUUUCGUCCGCAUCAUUCUCGAUGGAGGAUAUCGAGGGUGUAGAGGACGAUAACUUUUUCUACGAUGACGCGAAGCGCAACGACCAGCGUACAAAGGUCAAUUCAAACGAUUAUUACAUAUCAUCUGAAGACGUCUAUUUCAGUAAUGGCGAUGAACAAGAGUUAACUAAUACUAGCCAAGAUGUACCUGAGUUGAAAACUAAACUGACAGAACCGACAACGACACGGAGCGCAAUCAAUUCCCGCCGCGUUGUAGUAACUGCCACAACUGACGAUACCCUAGAAGCGUCCACAAAUAAAAAAUCCAUACGAAUCCAUUUGAAAGCGGAACCCAACCCCACUGCGUUGAAUAAUGGGCCGCACAAGACAAGGAAUUCAGCUCGCAUUCAAAAGGGCACACCGUCAGUAAUAUCAACAACUACACAAGCAAUUAAUCAUAAUGAUAAUAAUAAAAAUAAGAUAGUGAAUACACUGAGCAAUGACCUAGACAUGGAUGAGUCCAGCUUUGUUGGUAUCGCCGUCAAGCAGCCACAUCUGCGCACAUCCAGUCUGAGUCAAAGUACAUAUCAGGAUCAGCACACUGCUGUGGCAGUAGAUCUCUACAACAAAAACAAUAAAAGCAACAACACAAAAAUGUCAGCUACAGCAAGCGCGAGCUCCAAAUUGAGCAAGUUGAGCACCACGAGAGCAAACAGCUCGGUUUCUACGAAUGGUCACGCUUGCGAUUUGGAUUGCGGCACGGAAGGUGUGUGCGAACGUGUGGACGACGCUAACAAAUGCCUAUGUCCCUUUGGAAGAAGUGGUGAGCGGUGCUUGGAAGAAAUCAAAAUACGCACGCCGAAGUUCUCGAAGCAUUCGUGGUUAGCCUUUCCGGCACUGAGAGGUGCUUAUAAGCAUGUGCAGGUACGAGUAGAAUUUCGACCAGAGUCAUUCGAUGGCAUAAUACUACUUAGCGGUGAGAGAGAUGACCUCACCGGAGAUUUUAUGGCGCUUCUAUUGAAUAAAGGAUUCGUUGAGUUUUGGUUUGACUGCGGAUCUGGCGUAGGCAGUGUCCGGUCACGUGAGACAAUAUUGUUAAACGAGUGGAACUCGGUUAUAAUUUAUCGUCACCGUUGGGAUGCUUGGUUGGUACUAAACCAUGGCACUAAAGUACAGGGUCGCUCUAAUGGACUCUUCUCUCGCAUAACAUUCCGUGAACCGGUCUUUCUGGGCGGCACUGGCAACAUAACGGGCUUAGCAAAGCGUUUACCUGUCAAUAAUGGUUUUAUCGGCUGCAUAAGACGCUUUGUGGCGAACGAACAUGAGUAUAAGUUCGAGGAACAUCCAUUAGGCGAUGUUACCAAGGGUUUUGACAUACAGGACUGUAUAACUGACAAAUGCUUCACAUACCCGUGUCAACAUGGCGGCAAGUGUUUGCCUUCAGAUCAGGGCGCUGUAUGCCUAUGUCCUAUAGGAUUUGUCGGCGAUCUUUGCGAAAUACGCAUGGAUCUACAGGUACCCGCUUUUAAUGGUUCGUCCUACCUGCGUUAUGCGCCAUUAGGCGAUAGUGCGUUGAUUUGGUUGGAACUGAAGAUUAUUUUGAAAGCGGAACAACCCGAUGGUCUCAUAUUGUAUUCGGGUUCGACGAAACAUGGCGAUUUCAUCGCCUUAUCGCUGAGCGGUGGUUUUGUGGAGUUUGUCUUUGAUCUUGGCAGCGGUCCAGCUAUUGUAAGGAGUGAGUACCCUUUGAGCAUUGGACAAUGGCACACUGUAAAAGUUUCACGUACAGCAAGAUUAGCGGUUCUAAAGAUCGAUACAUAUCCGGAAGUAAUGACAAUCUCCUCAAAUGGUUUCUGGCACCUCUCACUGCCUGAAAAUAUCUUUUUGGGCGGCGUGAAUCACGAAGAUAAGCUACCAUUGGAUCUGAAAUUGAAACCGUUCUUCGUGGGCUGCAUACAAAAGAUCGAUAUCAAUGGGCACUCACUGUCGAUUAUUUCCGAAGCUUUAGGCGGUACAAAUAUCGGCAAUUGUCCGCACGCUUGCGUGGCUAGGCCAUGCGGCCCACUUGCCGAAUGCAUACCACAAAUGGAGAGUUACGAAUGCCGUUGCAAUGCAUUCAGCACUCAAUGCAAUAAGGCAGCCGAGGUGCCUCUAGAGGAAUUACAAAAGAAUAAAGCCAAGAAGAAGGAAAAUAAAGAAAAACAUAAAAUUUACGGUAAACAUACGGCACAUUUACCCAAGCAUACGAAGGUGGGUGGACACUCCAAAUUGCAUAUGAGUAAAGUGCCUUUUAAGGGUAUAAAAACGCCCAAAACCCACCACACUACAAGCAGUCCCACAACGGAGCGAACCACCACUUCAAGUCACAAACGCAUGGAACAUGGCAGCCGGGGUGGACAGUCGUGGGAACCGCUUAUGGUGGAGGAUGAUGUGAUUGAGAAGGCAGACGAUGAUAUCAUAUAUCGAGAUACGCGGCAUCUAGAUGACGAAAGUUACUAUAAUGAAGAACCGUUACAAAGCGAACAUAAGAAACAAAAGCGUAAAGAGAAACACACAACUAAAGAAAGUGAAGUGUGGUCGACGAAACACCGUGAUAGUUCCAAGGUGCGCGGCAAAGAUGAUCACCAACACAAAAACGUCUACAAUUUUAAACUAAGCCGAUUGCCGACACACUACGAAAGUUUCCAGACGAAUCCGGAAAUCGACAUACUGACAUUCGAUGAGAAUGUCGAAGUGGAAAUUGGUGUGGACCCAAACAAAGAUUACGAGCAGAAGCCGGAUGUUAAACAGAAAACUGUUAACGAUAACAACAACGACAUUGGAUCAACACAGGAUGUUUUCAAGCAAGAUGAGCUCGAUAGCAUACCGUCUGCGUGGAAAAAUGAUAUGUACGAAGAUGAUCGGCGGCAUGCGCACGAUGCCAUGAACGAAGAAACCAAAUCCGAACCGUUUUUUGUGGACGACAUAUUGUUCGAUAGCAAAAGCGACGGCACUGACGAUUAUCAUCGCAAGGAGUUGGUACAGGAUAUGCGACGCAUACUCGCCAAUGGACCCGAGAAUACAUCUAAUAAUAAGGCGCUAAAGCUGGUCGUAGAUGAGUACGAUUACGAAAGUGACGAUAUUAGUCAAGAAGAUCCAACGAAAUUCAAUAUAGAUGAGAAAAAUAGUUUUAACGACACUUUUAGCAUGUCGUCGGAACUCGAUGCAGAGUUUAAUGAAAUGAAUGAUGAUAUUCUCGAAGCGGUGCAGACAGUCGUUACGGAAAAGGCGACUACAGUUAAACAAAAUAAACCGUCCCCAACCAUUGAUACCCAAACGGAUUGGAGUUUAUUGAAGAAAAUGCAAUUGCCAGCGGAUCAUCAGAGCCAAUUUGUUGGUGUACGCAAGAAUUUCGGCGCAUGCUUUGCUGGCGAAGACAGUUACUUUCAUUACAACGAUGCCGAGACGAUGAGUCAGGUUAUAAGCUACAAUAUAGACUUGAAUUUACGGAUAAAGACGCACUCACCGAAUGGCGUUAUUUUGUGGACUGGACGACAAGGCACGACGGAGGAAAAUGCUGACUUUCUAUCUUUAGGUAUAGAAAAUGGUUAUCUACAUUUUCGCUAUGAUUUGGGUUCCGGUGAGGUCGAUAUAAAAUUCAACACGAGCCGAGUGAGCGACGGUCUUUGGCAUCGGGUCCGUGCAUUUAGAGACUCACAGGCUGGCUACUUGGAAAUAGAUGGCCGAAAAACAACAACACAAUAUUCACCGGGCAAAUUAAAACAAUUGAAUACAGACACCGGACUCUAUGUCGGUGGCAUGCCCAACGCGAUUUACUUCACACGACGAAAAUAUGCGAAUGGCAUUGUCGGCUGCAUUUCGGAAAUCGUGUUGGCUGGCGAAUUGAAAUUGAAUUUCGAUCCUAAUACGCUGGGGACAGCACACAAUGUCGAAACGGGAUUACUUUGAAAUACCGUUAUAAAAACGUAUCAACAACCGUCAAUACUACUGACACUAGUUUAAUAGUCCGUUUGGUUUGUUCGAGCAGUGAGUACUUUUUCGGUUUGUACAAAGAGAUGAUUUUACACUCAAACAACAAAAAAAAAACAAAAAAACAAAAAGAGGAAAGAAUUAAAACUAAAUUAGUUAAACUUAGAAGGUAGCUAAUAUGUAUACAUGUAUACUAUAAAUAUAUACACACAAACACACAUACACGCUCACACAAAUUUGCAGCUGCAAAAAAUGAAUAACGUACAUACAUACACACACAAACAUAUGUACAUGCAUAAUAGGUCUAUAUACACACGUACAUAGUAUAUACAACUAUAUAUAAAUAUACAUACAUAUAUAUUUUAAAUAAUGCUUCAACUAAGCCUGUGACUGUCAAUAUUUAAACAAAAAAAAUUAAGAAAAUUAAAAAAAAAACUAUUACAACAAAAAUGUAUGCAAAACAGCACACAAAAUAUUAUAGUAACACAUACAAACAAAAAUUAAAAAGAAAAUAAAAACAAAAAUAAUAUGAAAAAAUAAAAUAAAAAUAAAUUAAAAGCAAAUAAAAAAUUAAAAAUAAAAAAUUAUAAUAAAAAAAAAAAAUUAUAAGUAAUACUAAUGAAAACGCGCGUAAUGAACUUAAGAAGGCUAAUUUGCAUCGCAUUUUUCUACAAAAAAACAAGCAAAUUUAAUAAGAAAACAUAUUGAAAAACAAAAACUGAGAAAGUAGCGUUAGUUGUACUGAAUGUUUAACUUGAAUUCUCACCAAUUCUGCAAGCCACGUAAACGUAAGCAAAAACCAACGGAAAUCGGAUGUUAAAAAUAACGAUGCAGCGCGUAAAAACAGCUGUCUGCGGUGUGAACGGCACCUAAUAAAUAAAAAAAAACAUAUAAAAAUGCAUACAUACAGACAACACACAUACAUAUGUACAUGCAUACAUAAGCACAUGUGUGUGUGCGUCUGUGUCAUACUUGCAUAACUAUAUACUAUUUAUAAGCAUAAAAAUACUGUAGUGUAGAUAUUGGUGUAAACGCAAAUACUCAGCCAUCACACACCCACACACACACACACACAAAUGCAUACAUAUGAACGUCUGCUGCAGAAGUAACGAUAAUUUAUUUGGUGUUGUAGUGAUAAUUGUAAGUUAACUUUCAAGUCACAAAACUAUAUAUGAAACGGCAGAUGUGCAGCUACGAUAUCAUUUAUGUUUAAGAGCUGGAGUAUAGAAACGAAAAAGUAUAUAUUAAAAAACUAAAAAAACCAAAAAAAAAAAAAUUAAAAAUAUAUAAGAUGAGAAUUAACUAAGCAAAAUGCAAAACACUUUUUAUAGCGAAAUUUUGAAAAUUUUUAAAUUGUAUUAACACAAACAACAAAAACAAAAACGUAUAAUAUAACAUUUGCAUAAGCAAAAUAUGUAUUUAACGAUAAAAAAAAAACAACAACAGCAACAACAAUUAGUGCGAAACUUACACGCUUUACAUGAAUAUGUAUAUGUGAAUGUACUAUUUAGGUUAUGUCUCACAUAUGUAUGUAUGCUAACAGCCACUAGCUAAAUAACACAAGCCAAGUGUAAGCAAGCGUUUUCAAAAACAAAAAAAAUAUAUAUACAAAUAUAUAAAUAAAAAAACACACACACACGCAUACACAUACAAAAUAGUAAAUAUGUACAUACAUACAUACAUACAUACAGACUUGCAUAAAUACAUAUAAAACAACUUCUUAAGCCCUCUUACAUUUAUUUCUACCGCAAAUAUAACGGCUAAUUUACUACAUUUGGUUUUGAAUUUGUUUUAAAUACGUUGAAACUUGUGUAACACAUAUUUUUAUUAUUUUCACAGAGCUACGGUAACAAAUAUCAAGUAUAAAGUUUUAAAAUUUUUUUUUAUUAGGGUGUGCAUUUUUAACAAAAUUUUUUAUAACCUAAAAAACAUAAAAUGUGUGAUUCUCUUACAAAUUAUUAAUAUUUUAAAUUAAAUUAUCAAACAUACACUUUUUCAAAAGUGCAUAUUGUCAAUAUGCUCGCUUUUUAGGAUGUAAUUUUUUUUUUAAUUUUUUUCAUAACCUAAAAAACAUAUCAGAAACAUAAUAUCUGUAAUUUCGUUACAAAUUAUUAAUAUUUUAAAUUAAAUUACCAGGAAUAAAAUUUUCGAAAAUUCGUAUUUUCAAUGUGGUUGCUCAUUAGGGUGUGCAUUUCUUUCUUACAAUUAUUUUGUAACCUAAAAAACAUGUUAGACAUAUAAUAGUAUGUUUAAUUUCGUUACAAAUUAUUAAUAUUUUAAAUUAAAAAUACAUAUAAUAAAGUUUAAGAAAUUAAAGAAAAAAAGCUGUGCUAAAAUUCACCGAUAAAAUCAUUGGAAAGGAAAAUUAAGUCAUUGAUUGAUCGGAAAGUUAAGUUCUAUUACAUUUAUAUAAUAUCACUAUAAUCCUGAUUAUUACUGUUAUUAUAAAAUUUGUUGAUUUAUCAAGCUGCCCUCACUGUACUACAUACAUACGUCUAACCAUUUCCCAAGUCAAUUACGUGAAUUUGUCAAUUAAUCGUACAUCAAUUAAUUACUCGCGUUUAUCUUUGAAAUUUUAAAUAUGCAACGAAUUAAAAUCUUAAACCAUUUCAUUAAAAUUUGUUGAUUUUUGCAGCAAUAUUUUUUCCAUUCAAUAGGAUUUCAUUUAAAAAUCGUUAUGAUUACGUAAAUAUCCGUCCCAGAGAGAAGAAUGGACUAAUUAUUGCAGAGUAAAAGUGAUUCCUUUAUAAUUUUUGCUACAAUUCCUACAAUAACACGAGGGUAGUUUGAUAAAUAUUUGAUUAUUUACAUGCACUUUUUGCGGUAAAAAAAAUCGUAUAACAGUGCACAUUAUUAUAUUUUAAAAUUUUUUUAAAACAAAUUAUUUGUUAAAUAGUAAAGAAACAGGUUUGUAAAUAAAAACCAACGCGCAGAGGCAAAACAAGCGCAUAUCACGGGGAUUUAUGUUAAUACUUUCCAUUUAUGAACAUUCAUAAAACUCACUUUUCACUUUCAACACAAUUUACGACGUAAUUUCUUUCAAUUGUAUUAUGUUUAUUACUAUUUUUUUAAUUACACUUAGUAAAGCAGUCACUGACCUAUUGCAUCUAUUUUUGUAAGAUUAAAAACAAUUUUUUUACCAGACCUGUAACACCAUGUCGCGUCAACAUGAUAAAGGCACCAAACACAUAAUUUAUCAAUAAAAAAUUUUUACUAAAAAUAUAGUUUUUAAAUAUUUCCACGAAACCCUACAACCCUGAGGAGCUAUGAUUUGUAGACGUUAAUAAAUAUUUGUAAUUUCACCACACAAUGUAUUUUUAAAAAUAUUUUAUCUACACACUUUUGUUCUAAAACACAACUAAAAAGCUUUACUGUCCAUGUAACUAAUUGAUUUAUCAAAAAUUAUCGCAAUAAUAUUUAACAAAAAACGCAAACAAUAUGUGCAAAACAAUCUAGUAGCAAAAAUGCGUAUUUAUUGAUUGUAUACACCGAAUGAAGCAAACAAAUAAAUACAGAUAAAUGAAUUGAUGCCUAUAAA